ACAGAAAAAAAAAUUCUGAACCAAUGGACUGCAGACAUAGUACAGGAGAUGACCAGAGACUGAGGACACAGUACAGGGGAUGACCAGAGACUAAGGACACAGUACAGGGGAUGACCAGAGACUGCGGAUAUAGUACAGGAGAUGGCCAGAGACUGCGGACAUAGUACAGGAGAUGGCCAGAGACUGCGGACACAGUACAGGAGACGGUCAGAGACUGCGGACACAGUACAGGAGAUGACCAGAGACUGCGGACACAGUACAGGAGAUGACCAGAGACUGCGGACACAGUACAGGAGAUGACCAGAGACUGCGG